AUGGAGUUGGAGUUGCCUAAUCGUUUAUACGGUGAGGGAUUGGAAACUCAGGUUAAGAAGAUUAAUAACAGCUGCCGACUAAAACUUCUCGAGUUGCUGAAAGAAAAAAUGGAGCCAGAAUUCGAUGAAGUUAUGAAAGAUCUCAUUUUUUCACAGAUUAUGGUUAUCCAGAAGAAUGAUCUGAAGUUUUCGGCGAGGUUGGUACACUCUUUCUUGUGUAAGGAGUUGAUGACAAGCAAGAGACAUGAGAAGUGGUUCACUUUCGCUAGGAGACCUCUGCGUUUUGGAUUGCAAGAGUAUCAUGCUGUCACUGGUCUGAAAGUGAAGCGAGAGAAUAACAGUGGGUUAGUGACAUGGAAAGAUGAUGAUGGUUUUUGGAGCAAGCAGAUAAAGACAAAUGGAAAAAUAAAUUUGCAGAUCAUUAAAAAGAAGCAUUUGGAAGAGAGCAAUACCUGGACUUGGGUUGAUAGGGUGAGACUGAUAUAUCUUUGCGUUAUUAUGGGUGUGGUGAUGGGGAAGGAUGAGAAGGUGAAUAUCCCGCAUCUGUACAUGAAGUUGGCGAUGGAUUUGGAGAAGCUUCGGAAUUACCCAUGGGGUCUGUAUUCGUUUGAUUUUCUUCUGAAGCAAAUUGAUAAAACAAGGCAUAAAUUAGAGCAUAAAGAGGGGUAUCUGAUGGAAGGAUUCUUGUUUGGUUUCCAAAUUUGGAUAAUGGAAGCUGUUCCUGCUUUAGGAGAGAUUUGUGGCACAAAAGAAUCUGGCGAAGAGAAAGGAGAGGAGCAAACAGCUGAUACUGAGAGAGGUGAAAAUAGUCAUGUUGCAGGGAAUGUUGAUGGCACAGCUGAUGUUUCGGGAAGAAACAAGAGAAAGCAUGCAGACCGAGGAGCAGAGUCAAGGAAGAAGAAUGUUUUGUGCCACCUAGCUGCUUCAUCAAAAGGGAAUAUUGACACAUAUAUGAAAAAUUUCUUGGAGGAUCUGCGGUUCUCGGACAGGUUGGGUAAGAUUGAGACUGAGGUUACACAACUCAGGACAGCUUCGGAGAGAACUGAGCAAUUUGAGACAGUUGUAACCGACAGAUUGGGGAAAAUUGAGGCUGAGGUUACACAGCUCAGGACAACUUUAGUGGUGACUGAAUUGGUGGGAAAGAGUGAUCAAGCAAGCGGUCCUAGCAUGACCAAAAUCAACAGUGGUCCUAGCACCAGCAAAAAAGGCACUGCUCCAUCAAAGAAAAAGGCUGUAAAAAACCAAGAGUUAAAGACUGUUGAUUCGUGUGUCAAUUUACCUCGUGCAAAAGUUACUCAAUCAUCAGCUAGUGAUCUUCGUAUGGGUACACAAGAGUUUUUGGAAAGUUGCAUGAAGAACCUUCCAUUAGACACAUUUGUGAAAGGUUUGAAUCCUUCUCAAGCUAAAGUCGAAGAUUCAUUGGAUUGGUUGGAACUUCCAAAAUCAUUGAAGAAGCCAACAGAUUCAUUGGAACUUCUAAAAUCAUUGAAGAAGCCAGCGGUCCGAUUAGAUGACCGAGAUAUAGAGCUAGACGGCGAAGAUUUCCCUGAUCGCUGCUUGGUGUUUGUGCAUCCUACAGAUUUUAAGAAGAUGCAGGACUGGCAAGAUACACGAACAGCUAUACAGAUUGGUCCAUCUAUGUUAGAUGGUGAUCUAGCCGGACGUAUUAUGUCUGCCAGCAGUUGGCUUAAAAACUACGAAAUUGAUGUUAUAAUGUAUGUUUUUCGGGAAAGAACAACAUUGAAACGAUGGAACGUAGACCGUGUUGCUUUCAUGACAUGCGUCUUCAGCGACCUCAUUGCUAAGGAUUACCAGAAUUUCUGUAAGGGUAUUAAGAAAUACAGUAUGGAUCCAUUAUUACUGCAAUACGGUAAAGGUGAACUGCCUUCCCAUGGAAGAACACGGAUGUUGUGGAAUGUCGAUGUGGAUCGGAUGUGUUUGAUUGCGGGGGUAAAAAAAAAAAUCAAGGAAGUGGAAGCUUUUGCGCAGCUUAUUCCUCGGAUUGUCAAGGCCGUGCAGUCAUUGACAAUACAGAAGCAUCUCCACAUCACUCCGUACAAUGUUUCCUAUGUACCUAUGAGUGGUCUUAACCGACUUCAAUGUCAUUGUGGUGUGUACACUAUAAAACACAUCGAAUGCCACGUGCUUGGGUUGGACAUAUCUAUGGUGAGUGAUGAGAACAUCUGGGGAGCUCGGAUAAAGAUUAUGUGGGAUCAAUGGGAAGCAGCUAAUGAUCUAGAACUGAUUGAGAGAAUGUCAAAGUAUGAACCUAUUAAGUGUAGUAAGCCUGCCGAGUAUGUUGAGAUUGAUGAUUUAUGA